CUUUUACAUCAAUUAAACUUAGCUCCAAAGCGCCGUUUUCUGGGUUUGGAUCUUCCUCAAGCUCUUCAGAAGAAAAAAAAAAAAAAAAAAAAAAAUUAUACCCAAAAAAAGGUUUGCAACUUUUGGUGCUUUGUUUUCGCUAGAAGUUCCACUCAAUCUCUGAAGAGUAUGUAUUAAUGUCAACCAUUCACUCCGUGGUUAUCCUGUCGGCCUCACUCACAGACAGCCUCACUUACAGACUCACAGACUCACCCUCUCAUCUCUCGCUCUCACAGUCUCUACAAAUCUGCUUCUUAGGUUAACAAUGACUGUAAUUGAUAUAAAUCUGUACUACGGUGGAGAGCUUUGCAAUGAUGAUGAGAAUGAGGGAUUGCCAUUUAAAGGGCGGGGUAUCAAGUGCUAUUAUAUUCAGAUACAUCGUAGGUUGAAGACCCUGAAUGAUUUGAAGAGGAUAAUUAUGGAAGAACUGCGUUUGAAUCCUGUUUUGCAUGACAUUAAAAUUACUUUUCGUUCUCCACAUGAAAUCCUCCAUCAACACAUUAAUUACAGGUAUAUGGUGAUAGAAGAAGACAAACAUGUGAAAAUCAUGUUUGAUAGGAUGGAGAAAAUGGCCCAAAUAAAUGCUAUUGAGUUGUACAUAAGUGCAGAGCCACGUGCAGAAGUUGGCGGUGAGGAAAUGCAACAAACAACUACAAAUCUACAGUCUAUACUCCCAGAUGAUCGAAGCACCACAUUAGGAGGCUAUACACCCCCAUGUGAAGAGACACCAACACCGAUUGAGAAGAAAGGCCGCCAUAGAUAUCGAGAUAAAUUUUGUAAACAUCGAGAUGAAUCUUUUACACAUCUGGAGGAGGAAGAUGAAGAAGAUGUUAAUCAAAGUGCCAUUAAUGGUGAAGAUCUUGAUGGUAGAGAUGAGUAUGAAGGGACGAUUGAGCGAGAUGACUUUGACGAAGAUGUUGAUGACCAUGAAAUUGCUGCCAAUCUUAAUGCUGAUGAUAUAUUUGAUUGUGAUGAAAAUGAUGCUAACGAUGAUAUUGGUGUCCAGCACGUUACAAACACUAUCCCUGCUUACACACCUCCUGCCCCAUCAUUCUGUGCAAAUAUUUGGAAAAAUAUGAUUGAUCCUUCAAAUGUUGAGAUACCAUUUGCUUCUACUUGGCAAGAGGGGAUGAAUUUUGGUAAAGGGUUGAUUUUUGCCAACAAAGAGGCGGUGAAGCGUGCAUUAACAAUUUACGCUGCUAAGGAAAACAAACAAUUUAUAAUCAGUAGGUCCACCAAGGUGAAAUUGUGUGCAAAAUGCGUGGAUCAGUCAUGCAAAUGGUACGUCGGGGCAUUCAUGAAACCUAAACUUCAUGGACUAUGGGUGGUCACAGUUUAUGUGGGUCCUCACACCUGUAUAUCUCUUGGGUUGUCAAAAGAUGGUAGAAUGAUGGACUCUAAUUUUGUUGCAUCAGAACUUCUUCCGAUUUUACUCAAGAAACACACUACUACAGUUCAUGAUCUCAGAACUAACAUGAGCAUGAAGUUUGGCCAUGAGCUUUCUUAUUAUAAGGUAUGGGAUGCAAAACAAAAGGCUAUUGCGAAGAUAUUUGGGGAUUGGGAAAAAUCUUACCAAAAGUUGCAAAAGUUGUUAUUGGCAUACGUUGAUCAAGACCCGGGUACUCGAUUUUUCUAUCAUACCACACCUGGGAGCAUUGCAGGUACUAGUUUAUUGCAUUAUGUAUUUUGGGCUUUCACUCCAUGCAUUGAUGGAUUCAAAUAUUGCAAGCCAGUGAUUAGUAUUGAUGGGACCCAUUUGUAUGGUAAAUAUAAAGGAAAGUUAUUGAUUGCAAUGGCAACUGAUGCUAACAACAAGGUAUUUCCUCUUGCCUUUGCCGUUGUGGAUAUUGAGUCAGGGUCCAGUUGGGGGUGGUUUUUAGAAUGCCUCAAGGAGACGAUAGGAGAUGUGAUUCCUGAUGAGGGCAUUUGCAUAAUUUCUGACCAACAUGAGGGUAUCAAAAAGGCCAUUGCAGCCUGGCCUAGGAAUGAAAAUGGAAGAUUAAGGGUUUUUCACCGAUAUUGCCUUAGACAUGUCAUUGGCAACUUUAACACACAUUUUCAAGACCCGAUUCUAAAGUCAUUGGCCUUGAAAGCGGGAUAUGCUACUCAAGAAGCAAAAUUCAAUAACAUAAUGGACUCAAUUAAGAAUGUUGAGAUUGAAGCCAUUAAAAAGGAGUUGACCAUUGGCGUUAAUGGAGGCGAUCCCAAACCCUAUAAGCCACACACAUAUCUAAUGAGUGAGCCUGUGGACAUGUGGGCCCAGUCACAUGAUGGUGGAAAACGUUAUGGGGUAAUGACAACCAAUAUAUCUGAGUGCUUCAAUGGUGUUCUAGAAGGUGCCCGUGGCUUGCCCAUAGCAGCAAUGGUUGAGUUCACUUGGUCCAGACUUGUCGCAUAUUUCCAUGAUCGGCACAAAGACAUUACUCAUGAUCUCUUGGAGGGUAAAAGGUGGAGUAAAUAUGCCAUGUCCAUUUAUGACACAAAUAAACUCAAAGCUGCACAACAUCAUGUGGGGGAAUUUAACAAUCAGGAUGAUAUUUGUCGAGUAUUUAUAUCAUACAAUGACUAUAGCACUGGAGGGGGACAUAGUUAUGAAAUUCGGUUAAUGGAUAGAACAUGUGGGUGUGGGGAAUGACAAAACAUUAAGAUCCCUUGUUCACAUGUAAUUAAAGUUUGUGAGUUGCUACACAUUGAUCCGACCAAAUAUAUUGACCCAUGUUAUAGUUUGGCGAAUGCUAUUAAAAGCUAUUCCCAUGGAUUUACGGUGCCUAAGUCAGAGUCAUUGUGGAGGGAUGCUGAUGGCCUAAUGUGGCUGCCUAACCCAAGUUUGUUGCGGGACAAAGGUCGACCAGUGAAAUCAAGAAUAAGGAAUGAGAUGGAUGGAGUCAAGCGAAAACUGGGAAGCUGGAGGGAGGAGUCGGAUUUGAGGGAGAAUCAACCCAAGCAAAGAUGUGGAUUGUGUCAUGAAGAAGGGCAUAACCGUAGAAAAUGUCCGGAUUCCUGUGGCGCUUCGACAAGCGGUCAUGUUCCAAACUAGAAGCAGUAAGAUUUAUGAUCAGAAUUAAAAUUAUGCAUUGUUGGAUUAGUUGGAUCUUCCUCAACUUCUUCAGAAGACAAAAAUAAGAAUUUUUAUACCCAAAAAAAGAUAACAAAAUUGAAUAGAUAGCCUCCUUAUUGUACAGAAACAACCAUCUGUUCAAUUCAAAAUGAAGGAAGAAGAAGUGAACCGAUGCCAGAUUAAAGACUGUCUCUCAGCUCUCUCAACAAACUUUCUCUCAACACAGUCGCUCUCUCUCUUUUUGGUAGGUGGCGGCAUCUUUGAAGAUGGAAGGUGAUGGCUUGGCGGCCGCAACGAUGAUGAUCGGCAUUGGUUGCUGGAAUUUGUCGCAAUUUUUAGCAAAAAAUGGGGCUCCCCUGAGAAAGAAGAUGAGGAUUUGGCAGUUUCCUACCUGACAAGUUUGAGACUGGAGUUUUUGUUCUGUGAAAUGACAGAUUACGUUGGUGUUUCUGUGGUAGAACAUUGUCAAGUCGUGGAGGCAAUAGCAGAGCACAUAGUAAGGGCGCAAGAGAAAUAAAAUUCAGCCUCCUCGUCCUAUUAUGCUUCUCCUACAGCGGUUAUAAAGUCAAGUGUAGAAUUUUCACCAAUGUGAUUAUGUUUAUAUUCCCUAUUUAGGUAUAUGUUUAUUUGGUUUAAAUGUGUUCAUUCCUUUUCUUUUCAAAUUUGGUAAUUGUACACCUUUCAAACUGGGUAGAAGAGUAUCCUUCUUUUCAGCAAUCAGCGGUUAAUAUUUUUUUAAUUCUCAAAGAGCUUGAAGUUAAUGUGUCAAGGCCUUCACUUGGGUAUUAUUUUGGUGGGUAGCAAGUGUUUGAUGAAAGUUGUGAGUAUUAGCACUUUGCAGCAACUGGUUUGUAAAGUUGCAAGUGUGACUUAAGUAUUGAGAUAAAGGCUUAUUUAAAGGUUCAUGGUUUUCUUUA